UGGAGGCGCGGUUGUUAGGCUGGGUCUCCGCGCUGUUUCUGCUGCUGUAGCGCUGCUGGGAGGAGACGCUCACCCGCUGCAUCUCCGCUCCUGUCGGCUCGGUCCAGCGGGUCUCCAUGAGUUCCCCUGGCCUGCUUUCUCCGAUGCUAUCUUUUUUAAUCUGCGGAUUUAUCGGAUUGGAGUGCUGAUAGGGAGUACGCUGUAAAGGCAGUGUUCUCAGGAUGGACGUGGACUUGGGUGCUGGCGGGGACAGCACCCGAAGAAAGAUGGAAGUAAUGGGCGAAGGGAUGGAGAUCACACCACUGGAAAUGUACGACUCAGCGAGGGCUAAGAUUGCGGCCAACCUGCGAUGGAUAUUUGCUAAAGCUUAUGGAAUCGACCACGUCCCAGAGGACUUGCGGGACCCCUUCUACACAGAUCAGUACGAGCAGGAGCACAUUAAACCCCCUGUGAUCCGCCUGUUACUGUCCUCUGACCUCUAUUGUCGAGUAUGCAGCCUCAUUCUCAAAGGGGACCAGGUGGCCUCCCUUCAGUCACAUCAGUCCGUCAUCCAGGCCCUGUCCCGCAAAGGCAUUUACGUGAUGGAGGGUGAUGAUACGCCCGUCACUGAAGGGGACCUGACUUGUCAGCCUAUCAAAAUGAGCUCCCACAUGCCCAUGAUUGAUGCUCUGAUGAUGGCCUACACGGUGGAGAUGAUCAGCAUUGAGAAGGUGGUAACCUGUGUGAAACGGUUCUCCACCUUCAGUGCUUCAAAGGAGCUCCCCUUUGAUCUGGAAGAUGCCAUGAUCUUCUGGAUUAACAAGGUGAACCUAAAAAUGAGGGAAAUCACAGAAAAGGAACACAAAGUGAAGCAGCAUCUGCUGGAUUCUCCCAGCCACCAGAAGUGUGAUCUCCUGCUUGAGCUGGCCAAUUGCAUGCAACCACAUAUGGUACGCUACAGGCGGGAACACGGCUCUGGCCGUCAGCUGCCUCACUUCCCCCUGCUGGAGGAUCUGAUGAGGGAUGUGUGUGAUGGUGCUGCCCUGCUUACUGUGGUCCACUACUACUGCCCGGACCUGAUGAAGCUUGACGAUAUUUGCUUGAAGGAGGUCACAUCAAUAGCGGACAGCCUGUACAACAUUCAGCUACUGAAGGAGUUUUCCAACGAGUACCUUAAUAAGGGUUUCUAUUUAACACUAGAAGACCUGCUGUAUUCCCCUCUUGUACUCAAGCACAAUGUGAUGGUAUUCAUUGCUGAACUUUUCUGGUGGUUUGAGAUUGUGAAACCUGAGUUUGUCCAGCCGAGGGAUGUCCAGGAAUUCAAGGAUGCAAGAGCAAUGACUCAGUCCAAGAGUUCCCGGCCCACUGUGCCCAUCUCCAAUGCUACUAAACGGAGCUUCCUGGUUUCACCUGGCAUGUCUGAUCCUGCUCAUCCUGCCCCCACCAGCCCGGAAGUGUGUAACAGGUACUUCCUGCACCCUGAGGAAUCUGAAAACCUGAACAAGGGCAGUUCCAGCUUCAGUCCCUCACAUCCACUCCUACCUCUGAGACAGAGACAGCAGAAAGCUCAGCAAGGGGAGGAAGCUUCAGCGUGUAGAAAUCGCUCCAAUUCUUUGACGCAAGAAAGUCGUGGGUCUGUGGCUUGGGCUGACAAAAGACAAAGGCCACUCUCCCAGCUGAAUCGCUACGUUCUCCACUGUGCCACGGACAGCGACGCAGACUUAGCUUCAGGCGACAGUGCUAGUCUGACCUGCUCCAUCAGUGAGGACAGCUUGGCCUCUACUGUCACACCCAAGCAUCAGAGCCAUCUGAUCCAGAGUGGUCCUCGCAGAGCCAAUGGUCACGGACUACUGGGGAAUGUUAUCAUGGAUGAAGAAGACGAGACUGUAAUCAUUUCCAAAGCGGAGUCAUCAAAGAUUGACACAACUUUGACAAACUCUGGGGACAUGGAACGCCAGGGGGUCGCCUCGGGUGCUAAAACGAGCACCUGGGCAAGACCAGAGGAAGCCAGUGCAGAUUCCCGGACUGCCAGUUUUUAUUUGGAGCCAUUGAUGCCUGCUGUUCUUAAACCAGCGAAAGAAAAAUCCAUAUGCCUGAACAAGGAAGAAGAGUCUGGGGAAUCGAGACAUCGUGGAACACCACGCACAACACGAGUUGGUGCAGGAGAUGGACCGAGUUCCUCAGCUAGACGAAGACCUCCACACAGCCUUAACAGAACCUUCAAUGCUAGCUCCAGCUCUGAGCAUGAGUUGGCUUCUGAGCCCAAAUCCAGUGACUCUGUGCCUACAUCUCCUGGGCAGACUCAAGCCUUCAGACCCUUGGUCACAAGCAGCGUUGAGCCCCAAGCUGAACAGCCUGCGGGUUUCUACUUGCAUACGUCUGUUCAUGAGGACAACAGGCCUGUCCAGGCCUGGGGCGUACUGCCUGACUCUGAUACAGAUGCUGUUGAGACCAUUGAAGAGCAGGAUGCAGAGCUAACCAAAGAGCUGCAUCCACAAAAGAGACAGUUGUACGAAGAGGAUGUUGAGUCUGCGAAACUGAGAGAGGACAUGAACGUAAAGGAGCAUGAGGACAAAGAUGAAGGUAGUAGGUGCUCCAGUCCUGGUCUUAGUGUUCAGUCACAGGCAAGCAGUGUUGCCAGCGGCAGUGUGCGGAUGACCAGCUUUGCGGAGCGAAAGAUGCAGAGGUUUGGAAGUAACCAAGACAUUCGCUCCAGCGCCAGCAGCUCACAAAGGACCACACCUGAUGGUUCUGAGUGUGGCUCCUUUCCCCUUACUUCUUGGAGGAUGAAGAGGGACCAGAGUCCCUCACAGCAGGGCAAAGACAAUGCAAACAUGUUGGCUUCAGAACUUGUGCAACUGCACAUGCAGCUUGAAGAAAAAAGACGGGCCAUUGAGACCCAGAAAAAGAAGAUGGAGGUCUUGUGUGCUAGGCAAAGACUCAAACUUGGAAAGGCUGCCUUUCUGAACAUUGUCAAAAAAGGGAAGAGCGACACGCUUCCUCAGCCUCUCAAACCAGACUACUUGAAAGAUGGUCAGACGCUCAAUGGUGAAAAAGAAAAGUCGUCAAAAGACGACUCCUGCCUUGAUGGGAUGAGGGAUGGAGAGAAAGGCACUCCAGAGCCGGAGAAGGCAUCUCUUGAAUGGGACAGUGCAGCUGCUGUGCCCCCUAGUGCCUUAGAUGCAGAUGAGGAAAUAGACCUCAAUGAGUGUAACCGCUCCAUAGAACUGCUCAACGAGGCCAUCAGCACCAUUCAGCAGCAGAUGAUGCAGCUGUCCCUUCAACAGGACGUUCUCAUGAAGCAAAACGUUCAGUCCCCACCAAGUGCAGGUCCACCGCCCAGCUGUGACCAAGGAAAUUUUUCUGAACCAAAGGUUCGUGCUGCUAUUCAGUUCGUGGAGCCGAGCGGGAGCCCCGUAGUCCGUAAACCUCCCAAGCUCACCUCGGCACGGUCUCGCUCCAAACCGUCUGAGCUGAAGCUCUCAAAAGAGCACAGCAAAGGGCAGAAACUAUCUACUCCCACUCCCAUCGACAGCCCUACUCCUAAAGCCAGUCCAGGGGGCAGGACCCCCAGAGCUGAGUCUGAGUUCUUCAUCCCAGAUGAGGGAACCCUGAAAAACGCUUCCUUUCAUCUCUACGAUGAGGCCAACCUGCGUACAGUGUCACGGGAGCCAAGCUCUGUGGCCCUAGGCGUGACGUUUAAUGAGAGUGUGUCUCAUACUCCCAAAGACCCUGACGUAACCUUUGAAAGUGGUCCCAACUUGGAAAAAGUUUUGUUUGAGGACAACUCAAAGAGCAAGGCCAGUCUAAUCGAAGUGGACUUGUCGGACUUGGCGCCCCCGUCAGAAGAUGGAAGUUGCAGUACGUUAGAUGUCACCACAGAUGAAACGGAUGGAGAAAAGAAGUCUGGCAUGGGGUUCUUCUUUAAGGAUGAACAGAAAGCAGAGGAUGAAAUGGCCAAAAAGCGAGCAGCAUUUCUCUUAAAACAACAGAAGAAGGCAGAGGAGGCUCGGCUCCGCAAGCAGCAGAUAGAGGCAGAGUCUGAGCUUAAAAGGGAUGAAGCCAGGCGGAAAGCUGAUGAGGACCGGAUGAGAAAGGAAGAAGAAAAGACAAGGAGGGAGUUAAUCAAGCAAGAAUACCUAAGAAGGAAACAGCAGGAAAUGUUCGAGGAGCAAGAACAGCCUAAGCCUAAGCCUAAACCCAAACCUAAGCCCAAGAAGCAAAGACCCAAGUCUGUGUUUAGAGAAGAACCUUUGAUGCUUCCAAAAGCCUCCCCUGCCAAUGAGAACCUGGUCAGUGCCAAGUCUGGCUCCAAUCUCUCGCUGUCCUCUGUGGCCACCAACGAGGCAGACAGUGUGAACUCUGGGGGUGCAGGAUCUCAGCGCAGUGGGGAGUCGGUGGAGUCGUUUUCAGGCUUCAGUCGGACUACAGAGCGGGACUGGGACAACGGUUCCACUGCGUCUUCCAUUACAUCCACAUCUAUGGCGGAAUAUACAGGCCCUAAACUAUUCAAGGAGCCGAGUGCGAAGUCAAACAAGCCGAUAAUCCACAAUGCCAUCUCUCACUGUUGCCUGGCUGGGAAAGUAAAUGAACCACAGAAAAAUUCCAUUCUUGAGGAGCUUGAGAAGUGCGAGUCGAACCACUUGAUGAUUCUCUUCCGUGACGGUGGUUGCCAGUUCCGGGCACUUUACUCCUACUUCCCUGACACUGAGGAGAUCCAGAAGCUCACUGGCACAGGGCCCAAGAACAUCACCAAGAAGAUGAUCGACAAACUGUACAAGUACAGCUCGGACCGCAAGCAGUUCACUGUCAUACCUGCCAAGACUGUGUCUGUCAGCGUGGAUGCUCUGACCAUCCACAAUCACCUCUGGCAGGCUAAGAGGCCUGGGGUGCCAAAGAAGAGUGUGAAGUGAGAGACUAGAUAAUAGUCCAGGCAGAUACUAGUCUGGAUGUUCCUACUGUAACUGCAGAAAGUCGACAGAGAUGUCCACAAUCAACUCCUUCUCCGCUUGUGCUGUAAUGGGUGGGACGAGAGUGACUGACUGACUGUGUGAGUGAGUGAAUGAAUGAUGAAUGUUCUGGGGUUUGUCUUCUCUAAGCAGCCUGUGGCGUUUUUUUAUUGAUUGAGUUCUUGUUACUUGAAAUCUUUUUCUCAGUUUGGUGAGCUCACCUGCAGCAGAGCUUCCCUUUCUGAUGAGCAGAGCAGAGCAGAACAGAGCAGAUGUUCCUUUGUCUCUUUGCUGUACAACCUGGACUGAGAGACCGAUACUCCUCCUGCUGCUGCGUCUAAACAAGGUCUGCUGCAUCUGAAGAAGACGAGAACCCAAAAAUUCAUAGAAGUAGAAGUAUGAGAAGUAUUCGCCGACUUGCCUCACUUAUUUGUUUUUCUUUCUUCUUUUCCCCAAAAAAAUCAACCCAUGCUGCUCUGAACUCCUCUGUGUCACUGGGACGAUCCCAGUCAUACAUAUUGUUGGCCUUUCACGUAUCGUGGUACUAUCGUCUAUUUAUUCAGCGCUUUAAAAGCAAAUCAUCUGUAGCACUGGUGUGUAAUAGACCUACAGACAUACGACGGACCUUUUUGACAAUAGGCUUUGGUACGUGUCUCGGAUGCUCUUUUUGUUUUGCUACUAUUCUAACGCUAGAGGUAGUGAUUUCUCCACUGGACGGCCGUGUCCCGUAAAAAUGGUGCACUCAUGAUCAUGUUUUAGUGCUUUUACCAUGCAAUGUAACCAACCAUGAGUGAUGUUGGCUCUGGAGCUUUUGUCUCUCAUGCAAAAGAGCAGCAUGCUCUGUUCUGAAGAGUGAUGCUGUAAACGGUUUGAAUUGAAUGACAGUAUUUAAUAUAUUCAUAAUCGGUUACUGCUCUUGCCGUUGCUGUCUAAUUAUUUACCCUUGUUGAGAAAACAUUCCUUUCAGACAGGAGAAGAAAAAUGGGGGUAAAAAGGGUCGACACUGCCAUGUCGUACAUUUAAAUGUUCCCAAAAAAAACACUCACUGAAGCCUUCUUUGAGGUUGGUGUCAAGAUCAAAAUAGUGUUGCACAUGCACUUUACUUCUAAUACUGACGAUUAGCUGGAGAGGAGCACUAAAGGAGACGAAAACUAGUACAGUGCUUUUAAAGCAAUGAUGGUUUAAAAAAAGAGGUUGAACUGCAUUUUACACUUAAACAACUAAACCAGGGGUGUCUGGAUCCUAGGCAUAGAAGCCUUAGUUUUUCAAGCCCUGGGUGUCCAAGCCUUGUGUGACCAGGCACUGGGCGUCUAAAGCCAAGCCUUUGGCAUUCAGGCCAGGCCUUGGGCGACCAGUCUUUGGGUGUUCAAGCUUUGGUUGUCUAAGCCUUGGGCAUCUAAAGCCAGGCUUUGGGUGACCAAGCCUUGGUUUCUAAGCCUUGACGUCUAAAGCUAGGCCUUGGGCAUCCAGGAUAGGCCUUGGGCAUCUAAAGCCAGAGCCUUGGGUGUCUAAAGCCAGCCUUUGGACAUUCAGGAUAGGCCUUGGGUGUCUAAAGCCAAAGCCUUGGGCCUCCAAAGCCAGAGCUUUGGGUGUCUAAGCCAGCCCUUGGACAUCCAGGAUAGGCCUUGGUCAUCUGAGCCAGGCUUUGGGUGUCUAAGCCUUACUUAUCUAAGCCUUGGCUGUCCGCACCUUGGGUGUCUAAGCCUUGAGUCUUCAGGGUGGUGUGGCUGCAGGUUUUCAAUCCAGCCAAGCAGAAGCACUGUUUAAAAACUGACCCUGUAGAAUGAAAACCUGCAGCCACACCAGCUCUCUGCGGAUGAGUUUGGACGCCUCCGAUCUAAAGAAACACUAUACGAUUUAACACUGAUGAGCAAAGGCCCCUAAAAAGGCUCUUAAACUACUGUUUUCCAAAAAAGAAAAUGAAAAAAAAGAAGUAGACAUGGUUCUAAUACGUUGCUGCGUUUGUUUACUUCCCAGUGCAGUUUUGUAUAUUAUGUCUUGUUUAUAUAUAAACUAAAGAUUGUACUGAUUUUGGUCACAGUUCUUUUAAAACACUGUAUUUUUCAUGCUUGGUCAUUUUACUUUUCUCCACCAUACCAUUAUUUAUUUUAAACAAAGGCACUGAAAACUUAAUAAAUAUGUCAAAUAAACUCAUUUACAUCA